GCAUCAUCCCCAAUCAUUUCCAAAGAAGCGUCCCCUCCAACGCAUGCAGGAAACCAACGGGAUGCCCCUUUGAAGAGCUUUCUUACCAUUUUUGUGUCGAUCUAACAAAAGUCCAUGGAUCUGCCUCACUUGCUCAAGCGUCCACUGUGGAAGAUACGUCAAUGGCCAUGCAAAGAAGCAUUACGAAGAUGCCCAGGUGUCUUUAGCCAACCACAAGAAGACCGAAAAGCAAGAGAAGGUCCAGCACACGGUUUGCAUGGACUGCAGUAGCUACAGUACCUACUGUUAUCGUUGUGAUGACUUCGUAGUUAACGACACCAAGUUUGGCCUGGUGCAGAAAGUCCGGGAAUUUCUACAGAAUUUGGAAAAUUCAGCUUUCACCGCAGACCGACACAGGAAAAGAAAGCUUCUGGAGAGCUCGUCCCUCAAUAGCAAGUUGUUAAAAAUAAAUGGGAGCAGCACCGCUCUGUGCGCUACAGGCCUUAGGAAUUUGGGGAACACGUGUUUCAUGAAUGCCAUUCUUCAGUCCCUCAGCAACAUCCAGCAGUUCUGUUGCUACUUCAAAGAACUGCCUGCCGUAGAGCUCCGGAACGGAAAAACCGCAGGCCGGCGAACGUACCACACUCGAAGCCAAGGGGACAACAGCGUUUCCUUGGUGGAAGAGUUUCGGAAGACCCUGUGUGCCCUAUGGCAAGGGAGCCAAACCGCUUUCAGCCCGGAAUCCUUGUUUUACGUUGUUUGGAAAAUCAUGCCAAACUUCCGGGGGUACCAGCAGCAAGACGCCCAUGAGUUCAUGCGUUACCUCUUGGAUCAUCUCCACCUGGAACUUCAAGGAGGCUUCAACGGUGUGUCCCGGGCGGUCAUCUCGCAGGAGAACUCCAGCCUCUCUGCUGGCAGUCGAUGUUGCAUAAAUGGUGCUUCUACCGUCGUCACGGCCAUUUUCGGAGGCAUUCUCCAGAAUGAAGUCAACUGUCUGAUCUGUGGGACGGAAUCCAGAAAGUUUGAUCCUUUCUUAGACCUUUCAUUAGAUAUUCCAAGUCAGUUCCGAAAUAAACAUAAGAACCAGGAAAAUGGACCAAUGUGCACGUUACGGGAUUGUCUUCGCAGUUUUACAGACCUGGAAGAACUUGACGAAACCGAACUCUACAUGUGCCACAAAUGUAAAAAAAAGCAGAAGUCCACCAAGAAGUUCUGGGUCCAGAAAUUACCAAAGGUGCUGUGUUUGCAUUUGAAGCGCUUCCACUGGACGGCGUACCUGAGGAACAAAGUGGACACCUACGUUGAGUUUCCCUUGAGAGGCCUAGACAUGAAAUGCUACUUGCUCGAGCCUGAAAACAGUGGCCCAGACAGUUGCUUGUAUGACCUCGCGGCCGUCGUGGUCCACCAUGGGUCCGGGGUCGGCUCCGGUCAUUACACGGCCUACGCCACUCACGAAGGCCGCUGGUUCCACUUCAACGACAGCACGGUGACCCUGACGGACGAGGAGACGGUGGGGAAGGCGAAGGCCUACAUUCUCUUCUACGUGGAGCGGCAGGCCAGAGCCGGAGCAGAUAAACUUUAAGGCCGCCUCCCGCCCCUCGGCCCAUCCAGUCCGCCGGACAAAACAUUUCCAAUCCUCCACAGAUACUUGAUCCAAGACUCUUGAUUUCAUUGUGCACUUUUCAUUUUUUUUUCUCCUUGUGGGUUCUAGUUUUACUUUGUCAGCAGUAGCGUUUGAUUUGUUAAAACACGGACACAAGCUAACUUGGUUGUUAGUCGUACCAGGAAAAAAAAGAAAGAAAAACACCACCUCGGCAGAUAAUGAUUUGCUGCUUUAACCCAAUUUUUAUAUAUAGUUUCAAGAGCUACUUUAGUUGGUUGACUUUUUUUUAUCGCUGUAUUCCUGUUUGCUUUCUAAAGGCACAUUUACAUCAGAGAAGCUUGAAUCUUUUAAUAAGCUUGACUGUGUAAUUCCAUCCUGAAACGGAGCCUCUGGCUGUUUUCUCACCUGCUGCCCUGCAAGAGUUUGUUCCCUUAACAUCAAGGACUUUAGACCUUGUGUCCUGGACGUAUGAGAUACAUAGGCAGUGGGGGGUAUUUUGGGGGGGUGUUUUGGCUGCUGGCUAAUAAGAAAAAGGGAUGAAAUUUGGCCUCAUUAAGUGGGGAAUAUAUUGCUGCUACUUUUGUCUCUGGAGGCUGCUUUGUUUCACAAUUCCCUGUACAUUGGUAGCUGGCUGUGUUUGUAAUAGAAAAUAUAUAAAUUUUUUGUUUAUUCUUUCAA